CCUCUCCCCGCCCGCGGCGGACGCAGGGGGCGUAGAAACAAGCUCCUCCUCCUCCUCCUUACCCAUUUGCCGCUGUUGUAUUUCCCAUCCUCAGCACAUCAUGAGCCUGGACAGCAUGUUGACCAUGUUGAACACGUGGCUGUGGCAGGAGAAGUACUGGCUUCCUCCUGGCAUCCGCUGGCAGGACACUGAGAUGGACAAUGAGGAAGGUCGCUUUCCUUUGCCCAGGGAUCUCCUCAUCGCUUUGCCACUGGCCUUUGCCUUUAUAAUCCUAAGAUACGUAUUUGACAGGAUCAUAGCCAUUCCAUUAAGCAAAUGUUUAGGGGUGAAGGAUCAGAUUCGGAUUCAAGCUCCACCUAUCCCAAAACUGGAUGCCUUCUACAAACACAUCAGCCGGGAGCCAUCACAAAGUCAAGUUGUGAGCCUGGGAAGGCAGUGUGGACUCUCUCAAAGAAAGAUUCAAACCUGGUUCAGACACAGAAGAAACCAAGACCGACCCAGCAACACCAAGAAGUUCUGUGAGGCAUCUUGGCGGUUUGUGUUUUACCUCGUUGCCUUCAUCGCAGGACUCUGCUCGCUGAUUGAUACUCCCUGGUUCUGGGAUCAAAGUGAGUGUUGGAGGGGAUAUCCAAAACAGCCUGUGGCAAAUGCUCACUACUGGUAUUACAUGUUGGAGCUGAGUUUCUAUUUGUCCCUGCUGCUAAGCGUCUCUGUGGACGUCAAGCGAAAAGAUUUCAAAGAGCAGGUGGUGCAUCACAUUGCCACUAUAUUUCUUAUCUGUUUCUCCUACUGCGCCAACUAUGUGAGGGUUGGUACACUGGUGAUGCUGGUACAUGAUUCAUCCGACUUCCUGCUCGAGUCUGCCAAGAUGUUACACUACGCCGUGAUGACCAGGAUAUGCGAUUCACUGUUUGUCAUAUUUGCUGUGGUCUUCCUGGUUACAAGACUUGUGGUGUUUCCUUGCAGAAUUGUCCACACCACAAUGGUGGUAUCCAUGGAGUUCUUUGAGCCUUUCUUUGGUUAUUAUUUCUUCAACGUACUGCUGUUAGUGCUGCAAGCUCUGCAUAUCUUCUGGGCAUACCUCAUUCUGCGCAUGGUCUACAAGUUUGUCUUCAAAGGAGUGGUGGAGCGAGAUGUGCGAAGCGAUGAGGAGAGUGAGGGGGAUGAACAAGAAGAGGAACCUGAGGGUGAGCGCAACUCUGCGGAAAGGAAGGAGACAAUCAACUCCAAACGGACAUCUCUGGCCAACAACUGUGUCUUAAACAACCUGACCAACCAGAGGAAUUUAAACAGCAGACUGCGUAAGGCCAGAUAAUGGGAUCUCCUCUAUCUCUCCUCACUGGAGAUAAAUGUUUUCCUUUUUUGUGUGUGUUUGCAUCUAGCAAAGUACAUUGACAGUUUCAGAUCAGGGUAGGUCUGAAUCCUUCGUUUCAUACAAAAAUAGAGCAUCAAAACACAUAUGAUUGUAGAACAUUAAAACCAGUCCAAGAAGUACAGGAAGCAGAAUCAAACAGCUAAUAAAUCACAUUGAACAAGGAAAUCAUAAGAUGUAUUUCACUUCUAUUCAUAGUGUGUACUAGGUUUUUAUUUAUUUGUAUUUAUCCAUAUUAUUGUGGCGAUUUCUUUCUACAUAUCUUAAGAAAGACAGUCUCUAUUUUUUUCCUCAUUUGAAGCACUCUAAAUCUAAUCAUUGUGUAAUAUAUGUGAUAUACAGUCAUGGAAAAAUUAUUAGACCACCCUUCUGUUUUGUUCAUUGUAUUGUUCAGGAACUAUGCCUUAAGAACAACAACAAACAAAAAAAAAAUGGAAAAAAACAAAAGUGGUCUUUUUUUUUUUGCCAUGGCUGUAUAUAUUAAAACAAAAUAAAUACAUACAUUUUAUUUCACACAUUAACUCAUAUCUUAUUGUACAUACUUGAUAUAAAACAAUGAUCAUGUUUAUAAACCACCUAAGGUCCAUAGCAGUUCUGAAAUUAAUUAUUAGUUAAUUAUUAACCUUUGAGUUACUUCCAUGUUUCUAUUUGUUGGGCAGACAUAGUGCGCCCCCUGGUGUCCAAAAAAGAACACAUACUUCUUUAUAGUAGGGCUUUUUUUCUGACUGUAUGAUACUUCACAAAAAUUGUACUGCUUCUACAGAUGUUUACUUGAC